GAGAUUCUAUAUCCCAUCACUUUCUUUUGCUUUUUCUCUCUUCUUUAAUUUUUAUUUUUUGCUUUUCAGUUUUUAAUUUAAAAGCAAAACCCAUCUCUGAUUUCUCUCUGUUUUCUCUCUGUUUUCUCUCUGUUUUUGUGGUCUCCUUUAAACCCUCCUGUGUUUUGCCACAGUACCAUUCAAAGCUCUGAUCUUCCUUAGAGAUUUUUCGAACCAACCAAUUCCCUUUUUCUUUUACCUUCUUCUCUACCAUUUUCCUCAUGCUUUUUGGGAUUAUGAGCAAAACCCAUUUCAGGAAUUCUUGAAAAAGCUCUGUUUUUACUCAACACAACACUGCCACAAAAGCCUGGAUACCAAUGGCGAAUUGGAGUAGUGCUCUGAGAAAAAACUAUGGAUUCAGUGAAGAUUUAGAAGAAGAAGAUGUGUGGAAUUCUGUUAAAGGUAAAGAAGAUUCUUCAAAUUUCAUCACGAGAGACUCCAAUGACUGUUAUUACUCGUCUUCUUCAUCUUCAUCAUCAUCAUCUUCUUCUUCUUCUUCCACUUGGCGUCUUCCAUCUGCACCAAAAAUGAUCCCGAAAUCCAUUUCAACAAGAACACACGAAACCCAGAUGGCCAAUAAUCGAUCCUCUGCUCCGGUGGAUAUUCCUGAUUGGUCCAAAAUUUACGGCAAAAUGGGCUCGUCCUCCUGUGACAAAAGUGACGGCAGAGAUCAAGAAGAUAUCGACGGUGAAGAAGACGAUAUGGUGCCACCUCAUGAAUGGAUUGCUCAGAAAUUAGCGAGAAGCAGAAUUUCGUCAUUCUCUGUUUGUGAAGGGGUUGGAAGAACUCUCAAAGGAAGGGAUUUAAGCAAAGUUCGAAACGCCAUUUUAACCAAGACUGGUUUUUUAGAGUGAUGUUGCUUGAGAUGAUCAUCAUCAUUUUGUUCUGCGUUUUCUUGUUUGCUUACUCUGCCAUUGUUAUGGUCUGUUGGAGCUUAGUUUAAAACAGAGUUUCUAGUAAGAACUGGAAGAAGGAACGGAAAAUUUCUAGUUUUUUUCCUCUAUCUCUUUUUGUGUAUUUGAAAUGGAGUGGAGCUGUUUCAUGUUCUAUGAUUUUGAGUUUUUAAAAUAAGGGAUAUGAAUUUAGUAUAAUUAUCUAGUAAAGAUUGGUUUGUUGAAGUUCUCA